AUGUCUUACAAUAAUAACAAUAAUAAUAAUCGAAAUUAUUACAAUCGAUAUUCGGGCUCAUCAAAAAAGCCUAAUACGUUUGGAGGGCAUAGUAAUAAUAACGGUUCUGAAGGCAAUGAAUAUGGAAACGGAGGUGGUAGUUCAUCUAGCACUGGAUAUAAUAGUAGAAAUACCGAUUCAAAUAGAGGAAACUACGGAGGCUACAGACUGAAUAUGAAUAAUUCUAAUUCUUCAAAAUAUGGUAGGUAUGAUAAAUAUAGAGGUGGCAGAAAUAGCUAUCGAGGAUCGAAUUCAUCGUAUUAUCAUCCUGGGAAUUCAGGCAGUAGUAAUAACUACAAUACUAGGAAUUCUAACUCGUACAAUAGGCGAGAACCUCAGUAUGAUAGAUACGACUCUUAUGGAGAAAGGUCUCAGAAACAACCAACCAAGUUUAAUAAUACAUCAAGACCGGUUUCGGCUAACAACGCGUUUAAAAAGAACGAAGAAGAUAAAAAUGGUAAAGAUAAUCUGUCUAAUCCACAAAGUAGAGAGCUUUCCCCAAAUCCAAUAGUCGACUCUGGAGUUUCCCAUCAUUUAAAGGAGUCAGAUAAUUCUGGAUCUGGAUCUUUAUUUGAAGACAGGCCAGAACGGAGGUUUGAUGAGCCUGAACUGAAGUCUCGCUACUCGCAGUACCAGGAAACUCAGAAUAGAAUUGACAAUGGUCAAGAUGAAACAACGAAAGACACCAAUAAGAACCUGGAAACGAAAGAAGACUCCAUUAAUACCCAUCAGAGGAAUCCAUUCCCGGUGAAUGCUUCCGAAAGUCCAAAAGAAGUGAAAGAUGAGAAGAUUCCUAAACCAGAAAACCCUGAGCCAUCAAAUUUAGACAUUGAUCAGAGCUCGGUGAAAAAGAAAUCUGACACUAAUGAAAAUAUCAAGGCUGGAUCUAUAGAUGAAUCAACAAAAAACAUAUCUGGUGAUAAACUAAUCUCCGAUGAUGAUCAGAGUCGGAAGGAAGUACAUCAAGAAGCUACUAGAAUAUCGUCUUCAGAUAAUCAAAAGCUAUUGCAAGAGGAUGAUACCAAAAAUGAAUCUAAUUUUAAAGAAGAGCAUAUAGACCAUGAUACGAAAGAAGUGCCCGAGUCACCUACACAAUCCCAAUUAGUGGCUAAUUCAUCAUAUUUAUCACCUAUUGCUGACACUGCAUCUUUUGAUGGAUCAUUCUUGAACCAUUUGCCACAUGCCAGUGAUGACAAGGAAAUUCAUGCUCAUGAACUUGGUGAUAUCCUUACUGAAGUAAAAGAAGAAGCGAAUGAAAAUGAUUCUGAAGCGGAAACAAUCGUUGCUCAUUCACCUCCAAGAAUAAAUAAAGGUAGAAAACUAGUAAGAAAGAGAGAUUAUGAUGAAGACAGAGAAAAAUUGAUCAGAACUAGAAAGGUAAUUGACAGUUCUGAUGAAGAUGACGAUGAAGAUGAAGAUAACGAAUCAAGCACAUACCCUAGCUUUCGAGAGAAUAGUGAAAGUAAUGAUAAUAAGGAGUCAUCAAAAGAUGCCAGUGCGAAAAGACCCUACAAAAUCAAGCGCGAUUCCAGUGGAAGAUCAUUGCUUCAAAGGGCAUGUAAAAAGGGUAAUUUUGAUGAUGUUAAGAGACUAAUUGAUAGAGGUGCAAAUCCUAAUGAACGUGACUUCUGUGGGUUUACUUGUUUACACGAGGCGGCGCUAGAGGGCCAUAUCAAUAUUGUUAAAUUCUUAAUAAAAAAGGGAGCUGACGUGAAUAAACAAGCACUAAAGGUUGGAGAUUUAGAAACUCCGUUAAUUGAUGCAGCAGAAAAUAAGCAUUUUGAGACUGUGAAAGUUUUGCUUGAGAAUGGGGCUGAUCCAAGGAUUUUCAAUAUAGACGGGUUCACUGCAUUAACCAAAAUUUAUAAUGAACAUGAUGAUGAAGAGGGUUAUGAAGAUAUCAUAAAACUAUUGGAAGAAUAUAACACGAAAUUCUUGGAUUCAAAUGAUGCAAAACCAAAACAUCAAAGUAAAGAGACAGUAAGGUCUACUGUGUCUCCAUCUCCUUCACGUAUAAUUGAAGAUCCAAAUGAUAAUUAUUUUAGUGAUUUAUUGAAAAAGAAGAGUCAUGCAUCAUCCAUAUACAAAUAUGCGGCUGAAGGCCUCAAGGAGUUUACUGCAAAUUAUUUUGUUGAAGGAGGUAGACUAGACUAUAAGCCAGAUAUUUUAAUUUUAGCGGCUAGGAAUGGCCAUACAGAAUUAGUUGAUAUCAUUUUAGGUUUGGCCUCAGGAAAUUUUGACAUUAAUCAAGAGAAUAACUGCGGUCUUACAGCUUUGCUAGCUUCAGUGGGUAGAGGACAUUAUGAAGUUGUUGAAUUCUUAUUAUCUAAAGGUGCAAAUCCGAAUAAAAAACGUAAACCUGAUGGUUUAAAUGCUCUAGAAAUAGCAGAAAGGGCAUCAUAUUUUGAUGCAAAUGAAGUCAAACUCCUCCAAGAAUAUAUGAACAAAUCUUAUGAUGAUGAUGAAAAUGAUGACAGUAGUGAAAAUGAUGAAUCUAUAGAUAUAGAUGAUUCAUUUAUAUCUCGAAAAGAUUCGCCAAAAGCUAAGAAUAAGUCUGACGAUCAGGCUUUUAAUGGAAAAAGAAAAUCAUCACGUCCGGUAGAGGAAGAUUUUCAUAAUGAAAAGAGGCUCAAAAAAUCUAAAAGCCGGGAACCGGAAGUUAGAGUCAAGGCUCAACCUAGUAGUGUUUUUAGUAAAGAAAAAACUCCUGAGUUGAGUGAAGAAUUGAAGCGUACUAAAUCCAGAGAGCAAUCUUUUUCACCUUCAUCUGAAGUUUCCAGAGACGAUAGGAGACCUAUCAAGGACAUUUCAACUAGAAGUUCACCAUCACCGUCCCCUCUUACCAAAGCACAAGAAGAGAUAAAAGCUAAAAAUGCGGAGGAAGCUAGAAUCUGGCAAGAAAAGGUUGAAGCUAAGAAGCAAGCUAGAAGGGAUAUGUUUUUGAAAUCUGAGAAAGAAAGAGAACGCAAGAGAAAAGAAGAUGAAGAAAGAAAAAUCGAAGAAGAAAGAAGACUAGCAAUUCUCCAAGAGGAAGAAAAGGAAAAAAUGGCAAGAUUGACUGAACAGAAGAAUAAGGAAAUUCAAGAGAAGAGACAAAUCAUGGAGAAGCAGUUAACUAUUGAAAAUUAUCCAAUUGGCCUUAGACUUACUAAAUUUGGCAUAGAGCCAACUAAAGAAGAAAUGUUGCAAUUUGCUCCUUUGUAUACUUUUGCUAUUUCAGGUGACGUAUAUGUAACUGAUUUACAACUCGCAUUGCUAACAAGAACUGACGUUUCAUCAUUGACUGCUGAUAUCAGCAAGCAAUCUAUGAUUGAAGCUGAUAAAAGCCAGAAGUCUAAACUAUGGAUGCUCUUUUUCCCAUUGAUUGGAAUUGAUAAAUCAGCACCAAAUUCAGACAUGACAAAGCAAAUUUAUGAAGGGCAUACAAACUUUCAAUAUCUUUUAAUUAAUUUUGUUAGACUUGAUGAUGUCAUUGGCCUUAUUAGGGAUAAAUUUCCGAACACUUACUCUGUCAUAUGGGACAAGCAAAAUAUUUCUCACGUUGAUAUAGAUUCAUUGCAACUGUUUUGUGAUUUAUCAAGUAGAUCAGGCGCUAGCUUGAUUACCACAGAUGAAUCAGACAUCAUUGUUGACACUCAGAAUGUGCAAAAUUUGAGCUUUAUUCCCCCAAAGCUUAAAAUUCGUAAGGAUGUUUUGAAGACCAUUUAUAAUUCAAAGACCCCAUUAUGGUAG